CUUGACAGUCUCUUGUGCUCUCGCGCCGCCCCGGACCCCCGGGGAGGCCCACGUCUGGCGCCGACGCGCGCGGGGCAGCCCCCUGACACUCCACAUCGCUCCUAGCUCGCGACGCGCUUGGGGCAGCGAUACAUCACACCUGAGGGCAUCAAUGGAGCACCCACAGCCGCCACCGACCACAACGCAGACGAGCGGCUGCCACUGGUCUCCCCGCCGCACAAAAUCGCCGCUGGCCCUCCUGCCGCCCGGCGUCGAGAGGGAACACAUAACUAAAUUCGCGGGCGCCGAGGAGCUGCGCCUGAUUCGAUUGCUGUCGAAGCGGCACCUUCAAAGGAUCGCCAUCGACGGGCACUGGCGGGUCUUAUGUGAUAAGCUGUGGACCGAUAAGCCCGGCUUCGCAGGGCGCCGAAAACCCCUCUGGGGCGUCUUCGCGGCGAGCGGCGAGCUCACCGUAGCCGACCGCGCGCUCCAAUCCUCGUCAGAAACGCAAGCGUCCUUCGUGCGCGUCUCAUUAUCAGAACCGAGAACCCACGACCUCGCGCCGCACGAGACGUGUCGGAGACUGAAUUGGCGCGAAUCUUACGACGGCUCCGUCAAAGACGCGACGCGAGACGAGAUCACGGCCCAGGAAUUAGAAAGGUGGCCCUGGCUCUGCAUGGACUACAUGGGGUUUCGGGGGCACGCGCUCGCGUUCGAGGGGCGCGGUUUGAGACACGGCGGCGACGCGCUCUUCCAGGAACGUCACCGGUUCGCGCGGCACGCGUGGACGCGCGCGGCGCCGGCGUCACUCGUGCUGAACGGGCUGCAACUGUCGCCCGGCGGGAGCGGGACGCUGCGCGUCGAGCGCCGCGAAAACUGGGGCUGGCGGUUGCGCCACAUGUACUGGGCCUGGGACGCGGCGCCCGGCGUUACCGGGCCGGGGUCCUGGCGGCGGGACGCGCGGCUGGGGGUGGAGUAGUUUCUCCUUGUACUUCGU